CGAACGCCGGGCCUCAGACCCGGUUUUCCGCGGGGAGCCGAGAGGAGCGCGUCGCUCGUCGGAUGACGCGAAUUUACGCCGACUGCAAGGAGCGGGAGGCGGAAAGCGUGGAAGAACACAGAGUUGACCGUGGCUUUGGGGACGCGAACGGAAAUGGAAACUGAAAACAAAAAAACUAUGGAAGAAAGCACUGAGAAGAGAAAAGAAGAAAAAAAGAAGCGGUCGCGGGUUAAACAAGUGCUUGCAGAUAUUGCUAAGCAAGUGGACUUCUGGUUUGGAGAUGCAAACCUUCACAAGGACAGGUUUCUCCGAGAGCAAAUCGAAAAAUCUAGAGAUGGAUAUGUGGACAUCUCUCUUCUGGUGUCCUUUAACAAAAUGAAGAAGCUGACCACUGAUGGGAAGCUAAUAGCCAGAGCAUUGAAAAGCUCGUCUGUUGUAGAGUUGGACUUAGAAGGGACCAGAAUUAGGAGGAAAAAACCCCUAGGUGACAGGCCAAAGGAUGAAGAAGAACGCACAGUGUAUGUGGAGUUACUCCCCAAAAACGUCACUCAUAGCUGGAUUGAGAGAGUAUUUGGGAAGUGUGGCAAUGUUGUUUACAUAAGUAUUCCACAUUACAAAUCUACUGGGGAUCCUAAGGGAUUUGCCUUUGUGGAGUUUGAAACAAAAGAGCAAGCAGCAAAAGCCAUUGAGUUUCUUAACAACCCGCCUGAAGAGGCCCCAAGAAAGCCCGGCAUAUUCCCCAAGACUGUGAAAAACAAGCCCAUUCCUUCCUUACGCGUAGCUGAAGAGAAGAAAAAAAAGAAAAAGAAAAAAGGCAGAAUAAAGAAGGAAGACAGUGUACAGGCGAAAGAGUUAACUGUGGAUACAAGCAGCAUGGCUGUGUGUAAAGCUAAGAGACCUAGGACUGCCUCCGAGGGUUCCGAGGCAGAAACCCCUGAACCUCCAAAGCCACCUGCAAAGAAAAAGAAAAAACGGGACAAGGCCGAAACAUCCAUCUUACCUGAAGGCAGAGUAGGAAAGAGGGAGAGGAGCAGCGCUGAGGACGAAGACUGCCUAGCCCCCAAGCCAAAAGUGAGGAAGAGAGCUCAGAAGGAUGUCGCUGGUGAAGCAGCUUCUGAGGUCUCCAAGGAAAGCAGAGACUUAGAAUUCUGCUCUACUGAGGAGGAGAAGGAGACUGGAGAGAGAAAAGAUGAUUCGCUCUCAAAAGUGAAAAGGAAGCAUAAGAAGAAGCAUAAGGAGAGACACAAAAUGGGCGAAGAAGUUAUACCGUUGAGAGUGCUGUCCAAAACUGAAUGGAUGGAUUUGAAAAAAGAGUAUUUGGCACUGCAAAAAGCUAGCAUGGCUUCUCUAAAAAAAACAAUAUCUCAAAUAAAAUUGGAGUCAGCAAUGGAAACAGACUGUAGUGCGCCUAAUAAGUCUGGAGUGGAGAAUGGAAAAGCAGGCAGCCAUCCAGAGUGCUCCGCCCAGGAGAAGAUGACUGCACAAGGGCCACAGUUCGUGACUGGAGUGAUUGUGAAGAUCGUCAGCACAGAGCCUCUACCUGGCAGGAAACAAGUCAGGGAUAUUCUGGCCACCAUCUCAGAAGUUGUUUAUGUUGACUUGCUGGAAGGAGAUACUGAAUGCCAUGCCCGGUUCAAAACUCCCGAGGAUGCUCAGGCAGUAAUGAACGCACAGGCUGAAAUUAGAAAGAAGCACAGUUGGAGCCUGGAGGUCCUUUCUGGUGAUCAUGAGCAGAGGUACUGGCAGAAGAUUUUGGUUGAUAGACAGGCCAAACUUAAUCAACCUCGGGAAAAGAAGAGAGGCACGGAGAAGUUAAUCAGCAAAGCUGAGAAGAUUAGAUUGGCCAAGACUCAACAAGCCAGUCAGCACAUUCGAUUCUCUGAGUAUGAUUGAGAAGGACGGCAGCUUGGCCUUCGCUUGCUGGAGUGUUCUUAGAAUGCUAGGACUGCUUGAUGGAUGUUCUGCUGGGAUCUGCAUUAAAAAAAAGAAAGAAAGAAAAGGGAAAAAAACCCUUUGUUCCUCAAUGUGUAAAUAAGACUUUUCUAAUAACAAAUGCAUUGUAUGUCACAAUUUUUUUCAAUGAAUGCCCUUACCCUUCAUAUUGAAAUUAUGCAAGUCAGCUUCAAAUGAUUUCAUAAAUAAAUGUGUUUUGAACAUUA